GUUACUUUACAUGACUUUGGUUAAUUUCACUUGUCCACUGCCUCAAAUAAUCUACCUUUCAUCACCAACUCCAUUCAAUGCUUCUCGAUUCUUUAGAUAAGCGCUCCACCUCGAAUUUGCUUCUCAUCGGCCUUUGCUUUUGUCACCGACAUUUUCCUUCACCCCAUAUCCCCAAUUCAGCCACCAUUUUCCCCAACCUACCUCUCCUGCUCUGCAUCGUUUGCUUUUGCCCUUCACUACCGUCAUCGCCUUUGUUGCUUACGACUGUCUCCACCAUUAAUAAUCAACACAUAUACACCUCCAUUCACAGUUCCUGGUUCGGGUUCUAUGGCUUCGAUUAUUUGGGAAAGCUUAGCUCCUCCGGGCAGAUUAGUACUCUUGACGGUCAAAGACUCGCAGUAGUCUCUGGGGCGCCGCCUGCUUCUCAAACGCCACAACCAUACGCUUUUCUCAUCAAAACGCUGUCGCUGGCACCCUUUUAUCCCCAAUUCGGAACCCUACUCAUCUCUUUUCGUCACUUACUCCUCUCAAAAGUUACACUCGUUGCGUCGCCCCCGUUGAAGAGGAAGCCACCGUCGGACGCUAAGGCUGUUGUCGUCGCUAUUCCCGCUCAGCUCUUCGCCACCUUUCUUCCUCUGUUGUGUCGCCGUUAUUUUCCAAGAACGAUGUGCAGCUCCGCAGUGGGUGUUUCUGCCCGUGUGUGA